GCUCACCGGAGAAAGACAUAUAUAUAUAUAUAUUAACAAACUCUUUUUAUUUCCUUUCAUUUUGCAAGCAGCAAAACAAUGGCUAUCGUCAAGUGUCUUGCUUUUCUUGCGUUCUUCUUUUUCACCUCAUUUAUGCUGUGCCAGGGCAGGGUGGCGAGGAAGGACCUAGGUUUGGACCUGGGAAGUGGUGGGGUGGGAAUUGGCUUGGGUGCAGGGAUUGGGGUUGGAUUAGGGGGUGGUGGUGCUGGUUCGGGGUCCGGUUCCGGCUCAGGCUCAGGAUCCGGCUCUGUGUCUGGUUCGGGUUCUGGUUCAGGGUCUGGUUCUGGUUCUGGGUCUGGUUCUGGUUCUGGGUCUGGGGCAGGUUCAGAAGCGGGUUCCCACGCUGGUUCCAGAGCUGGUUCAGGGUUAGGCGGUAAUGGGUCCGGCGCAGGUUCGGAAGCGGGUUCUUACGCUGGUUCCAGAGCUGGUUCAGGGUCAGGCGGUAAUGGGUCCGGCGCAGGUUCGGAAGCGGGUUCUUACGCUGGUUCCAGAGCUGGUUCAGGUUCAGGCGACAAUGGGUCCAGCGCAGGUUCGGAAGCGGGUUCUUACGCUGGUUCUAGAGCUGGAUCAGGGUCUGGCGGUAGUCAAGGAUGAAGGAUCGGGUUCGGGAUAGGGCGAGGAGUGCGGGCAAGGAUCCGGCAGGGGAAGCGGAUCGAGUUCGGGUUACAGUGAAGGUUCUGGCCGCGAGUCAGGGCAGUGGGCAUGGAAAAUAAAAAUGUGUGUGUGCGUGUGUGUGUGUGUGUGUUUUUUUUUUUUUUUUAUAUAAAUUGUAGGAUGGCCAUGCACGUAUCGAACAUAUAGCAUAAAUAAAUAAAUUGAUGGUGACAAGAAAAUUAACCCUCUUCACGUG